AUGAUCACAGAUGGCCCUAGGAUUAAUCAUCUUGCAUACGCAGAUGACAUAAUCCUAUUCACUUCCUGGGACAAUUAUUCUCUUAAAACCAUUAUGAGACAGUUAAGGAAGUAUGAAGAGGUAUCUGGCCAGAAGAUCAACAAAGCUAAGAGUAUGUUUCUAACUGCUUCUCAUGCAGCUUCUGGCACAAUAAGCAGGGUGAAAAGGAUUACAGGAUUUCAAGAAGGGAAUUUUCCUUUUACCUACCUAGGGUGUCCCAUCUACACUGGAAGAAAGAGAAUUUCUCAUUAUGCUGAAAUAUCUUCAAAGAUUGUUAAAAGGAUAGCAGGUUGGCAGGGUAACUUAUUAUCUCCCGGAGGUAAAGCAGUUAUCAUUCAACAGGUCCUACAAUCUCAAACUAUACAUAUACUUGCUACUGUUUCCCCUCCCAAAAUUAUGCUCAAACAAUUGGAGAAAUACUUUGCAAAUUUUUUUUUAGGCCAAAGUGAGGGGAAGAAUAAGUAUCAUUGGGGUGGUUGGAAAAAUCUGUGUUAUCCAAAGGAUGAAGAAGGACUUGGAUUCAAAUCUCUGACUGAUAUUCAGAGUUCCUUUAUUAUCAAAAGAUGGUGGAGAUUCAGAACUCAAAAGAGCUUAUGGGCAGAUUAUCUAAAGGCCAAAUAUUGCAUUAGAGUUAAUUCAGUGGCUAGAAAUUGGAGCUCUGGACAAUCACAAAGUUGGAAGGAGCUAUUAGCUUGCAGAGAAAUUGUUGAACCUCACAUGCUAUGGAAAAUAAAUAGUGGCACAUCCCUAUUUAUUGGACAGGACUUGGGCCUUUAG